UUGUGUGUGUCUAAUCGGUUAACUUAUUGGAGGGCAUUUGUGCGAUCUUCAGUUUCCUGGUCUAGGUAAUAUGACACUGAUGCUCUCUGCUGUUUUCACUCACGCAGCAGUACUUACUCUGUUUGUGAGAAGGAACAAAAAGUUGGUUGCGUCAGAUUUUGUGUUGUUAGCUAAAUCACUGCACUCCUCUGGAAGCUGCAACUCCAAACCAACAACUCUGUUGGCCUCGAUAUAA